UGGAAACAGCAGAACCACGGCUAGAAGUAGAGAUGUUCUGCUUGGCAUGGCACAUUUAAAAUCAUACAAAUCAUAAAAGUAAAGCAGUUCAUUAGUUAUCGGUGGAGCAGCAGUACAUUUUCCCCACACAGUUUUACUUUCUGUUGGCUUGUUUUUGUAAAGUGUUCUUUUCAACAUAACUGUGACUUUUAUCAGCAGACCCUGAAGAAACUCAGAGACCCCGUUUGGUGAGUGCAUUUUUAUUUUCUACUUUUAAAGUACUUUUAAAUACAAUUUUUGCACAGUGUAACAUGGACCAUGCACCUUAGAAAUUGUUGCAUACCAGUUCAUAUUUAAAUACCAAUGCACCGCGCUAACUAGGCUAGCUAACCAGUCAAAGCCCGAUGAGAGGUUAAGCUAACAACGAAUGUUUGUGUCGGUCGGGUGUUGUGAUUCAGUCUGCCGCCUAAAGGCCAGUGAUGGUCAGGCAGCUUUGUCAAACAUGCAGUCAAAAAAAUCACCUCUGGAUCAAAUAUCUUUGGAAAAUAGGCUCUCAAAAGACGAGUCUUCAAACAGUCAGAGGCUGUAAGAACAAACAUGAGCACAUGACACACAACGCGUUACAUCAUCUUAUGUACUUCUGCAGACUUCUAAACACUCCUCUUCCGUCCUGAAAAGCCACAACCCAUCCAUCUUCAAACCCAAUCAGGAUAUUUCUAUCAUCUUUAUGUCUGAAUUUAUUCAUGUCUGGGGGGUGCAUAAUGCAAUCAUAUCAAAAGUUUGACCUUCUCCCUUUCUUAAAAAAAUCACCCAAUCCUCUCCUUCCACGACUAUUGGGUUUUCCCUGUUUCAUUUCUGCUUAGCUCAUCUUUCCCUUGAUUUCAACUCACGACUGCCGAGAGAGACUUUGUUGUCUUGUUUGGUUUCAGUUGAGUUGUAGUUUACACAGGAUUGUUCAGUGUGGAUGAACCCAGUUUACACGUCAUAUUUUCAGUUUUGUUCUUGUUUCUACUCGAGUCUGGUUUAAGCAGCCUAGUUUUAACAUUUGUGACCAAGCAUUGUGGGGACGCUGGUUCUGGUUAAAGUAAUAUUUGGGAAACUUCAAUGGGGAAAGCUUAAACUAGUGGGAAAAAAAGGUGAUGAGACCAGAAUGUAAGAUGUAAAUGGGAUAAGAUUAUUAAAACACAUUAGUGAACUAAAAAGGAACAAAGCAAAAAUAAACAGUGAUAUAACCAGAAUUGAAGAUUUAAAUUGUAUGCAAUGAUUUAUAAUGCACUGCAGCAGACUGAAAAGAAACAAAACAAAUUAAUGAUCUUGGACUGGUAGAGUAUGAAGAAGAUUUCUGAUGAGACUUUGGAGGUCUGUGGUCUUAACUACAUUGUUUCAGAGUUCUUCCUGUGCGGUUAUGGUUUAUACAUUUAGUUUUAAGGUAAAAAAUGUUCAUCCACACACACAAACAGAAGAUAGACUUGAUCACUGAUGGAUUUUCUUUUGAUCUUUUUGACAAAUUUUUAAUGACACGUUUAGAACAAAGUGAUUUGGAUGAAAUAUAACAUUAUUUAUGCUUUUGUUCAGUGAAGUUCAUCAUGGAUGAGUAGUUAAUGGGCAGGUUUGGCGUUCGGAGGGUUCAUCUCUAUUUGAUCCCACGAGGUCUGACACGUUUUAACACAACGUGUUUAUGUCACUGGAGGAAGGCAUUUCCUUUCUUUGCUUUCCUGGGGAAACAAGCAGGGGGAUUGAAGGCGGUACCGGUAGAGAUGUGGUAUUUCUGAAGGGAUUCACGCUCUGUUUGCCAACCAAAGGAUUAAAUUUGCUCAAGGCUGCAAAGAAGAACUGAAGUCGAUUUUCUUCUCUCCACUCAUCACUACGGCGACCUGAACCUCACAAGUUCCUUCACAACCAACAGUGAAGUCUGGAAGCUACAACUGCCAAAGGACUGAAUUAAGACCCUGGAAACUUUGUAUAGCAGAUAUACAUCAUCUCAGAUGGCUGCACCCGGUCAGGUGAAAGAGGAGGAAAGGCAGGAGGAAGUGGAAAAACAGCAUGAGGAAGAGGAAGUGGAAGUGGAGGAGGUAAAGGAGAUGGAAGAGGAGGUGGAGGUAAAGGAGGAGGAAGAGGAAGUGGAAAAUGCGAAGGAGAAGGGAAAAAAAGAGGAGGACAAUAUUGAUUCAAAGGGUCGACACUCCCAUCAGUUCAUAGAGAAAUUAGCAAAUAAAGAUGAGAAAAUGUUGUGCAUUUUCCGUGGUCCAUCUCGUUUCCGGAAUACAAUAAAAAAACUAAAAGAAAAACUUACAAGGACUGAGGAGAAGAAGACGAGUGGAACCGGCAGCACCGACAACACUGACGAGAGUUACGGUUGGAUUAAACGGAUGCUGAGUGAGUUCGAUGGCAAUUCCUUUCGGAAGCUGCUGGAGCUGAAGAAGGAGAACUUUGGAAAGAUCCAACUUUCUUUCAGUGAAGUUCACAGAGUCAAGAAGCUGCUCAAACUGGGCAAAUCAGUUUGUAAAGUCAUCGUUAGCGAUGUUUGCCAGGGAACAGGCUUUGUGCUGUUUGACAGGUUGAUCCUGACUAAUGCACAUUUAUUUAAGGAUUGUGUUAAAGAAAAGAAGCUGCAGGAGGAUACAAAAGUUUAUGCCCUGUUUAACUAUGAUGAACCUGAGCCAUUCACUAAUUAUGACACCUUUGCCGCAGAGAAGAUGUUCAUUGACUUAGACUUGGAGCUAGAUUACGCCAUUCUGGAGCUCAACCCUAAGGGCCAAAAACACAACCAAGCAGCAGAAACAGAGGAAGCUGAAGUACCACCAGGGCUCCUGAGUAAAUUUGGUCCUCCACCUGUCAAUGGUGAAGCCUGUCUGAUUGGUCACCCAGCAGGAGCAGUGAAAAAAAUGGAUCCUACAUGUAUCAUUCCAAUAGAGAAGAGAGAGGAGGCUGUGGACAAACAUUUACAUCCCUACAAAAACACACUGUUCAUUGUCCAGUCAAUCAUUGGCGUGAUCCAAAAACAGCACAUUGGAAGCAUAAUUAUGGGAGGAAGCAAAGCAGAUAAAGUCGUGACCUACAACACUUUCAUGUAUCACGGAGCUUCUGGCUCCCCAGUGUUUGAUGUUAAGUGCAGAGUUUUUGGUUUGCACACUGCAGGAUACGCCUAUGGGUUUCCAAAAGAGACAGAGAGUGUGAUUGAGUUUGCACUACCUCUGCUGACUAUAUUUGAGAACUUUGUGAGCAAAGUGAAGAAGAGUGGAAACAAGGAGCUGCUGGAGAGAAUUCAGGAGAAUGCAAUUGGAAACUCACACCUAGAACAGAUCAUUGAGGAACUGAAUGCUGAGGAGAAAAUGGAAACCAACUAGCCAACCAGAUCAGAAGCUCCUCAAUGAAAAUGUCAAACCACAUCUGGCUGAUCAUUUUCUGCUUCAUGAAAUCAUUUUACUCCAAACACCCAAACCAUCUAGUGCAUUAGAGGUGUUUUUU